AUCGAUAAUCUGCACUCCUCUUCCGAAAUUUCCUUUUCUUCCAUGGAAGCCUCCACCAUUGCUUCCACUUCCUCGACUACGGCGCCAGCAUCCGCUACCUUUACCGACGCGGCCGUAGUUAUCACUAGCGCCCCUGUCACCAUGACUGAGCCGCAGCAGGUGACUUCUUCUCAGACGGGAUCGGUUGUGCACCCUGCUUCUUCUCCAUUCAUUCCCGAUGUUCCUGGUGCGUAUUCCCUUUUUCAGACCAUCCCUUCGGUGUUUCCAUGGCAGCCACCAGUCGUACCACAGAUUCCCGGCAGCCUCUUCUCGACCCCAGUUUCUGCUGCCGCACAACAGCCCCACUCCGGUCCAGGGUAUUUUGGUUCGACGUUUUCUGGUGCACCCGGUUUAUCAAGUCCCCAAUGGCCGCAGUCACUCAAUCAAUCUCCCCGGCCAACAAUGUUACUCAAAUUGUUACAAUCAAGCUUAAGGCGGUGGAAGACUACAUCACAUGGCGUACUCAAUUUCAAUCUUUCCUAGUCUCUCAAGGUGUGUUUAGCUUCUUGGAUGGUUCCACACGGGUACCUCCGAUGUACACGAUUGAUUUUAAUAACCGCCAAAACACUAAAAUUGAUUAUUAUCAUU